AUGGCGGGGUCGUUCGACGAUCCGGAUUUAGCGGUGGAGGACUACAUUCCCAAAGACAAAGCAGCAACCAUUCCUAACCCCUCCUCCUCUCCCCAUGCAGACAUGCAGCUGAUGCGCGAGCGGUGGUCCAAGCUGCUGCUGGGAGAAGAUCCCUCCGGAGGGGCCAAAGGGUGCGGCCCUGCACUAGCCAUGGCCAACGCCAUCACCAGCGUCUCAGACGAGGACGAGCUCUCGUGUUCCGAGUGUUACAACCCCUGGCGCGUGCGCGAAUGGCGGCAGUCGUGGUGGCCGCCACCCCCUUCCCCCUCUCCUCCCCUUUCCACCGCGGCCGUCGCCGUUUCCACGCCAGAGAGCCGCGACGUGGCAGGCGGCGGGGCAGCGUGA